AUUUCAGAUGUCGGUAAGCAAGUUGAGGACGUUGAACAGAGCAGAGUCGGAGCAGAGCGAGCGAGCGCCUUUUGUGGAGAAUACCAGAUUCUGUUCUAUUCUAAUCAAUUCUGCACCGUCGCCCAAAUCUACCGUUUUCCAGCUUUUCUGCUCCACCUCCCAUUCCCCAAAUCCUUCCCCUUUUCAUUCCCCACCUUCCGCGUUUUCCCUUUCCCCCUUUGUGGGCUUUCUGCCGCAACCGCCCGCCCGCCCGCCGGAAUUAUUCUAACCUUCCUGUCGGGGAACAGAUUUUUUUGAGGAUUGAUUGUUUGCUUUCGAUCUCCAUUAUUCCCUGAGAAAUUUGUGUUUAUGAAUUGAUUGUAGCUCUGGAGACCCUGGUUGAAAUUAUCAACCGGAUGUUGUUUAUUGGGAGGAUUCGGCGUUCGAUUGGGCGAAAUUGAGGUCUAAUUCCGUUUGAGUUUUUGGUUCUGUAACUAACUUCUUCUCGAUUCGGAUUCGGAUUCGGUUUCGGAUUCGGAUUCGUCCCUUUAUUUUUUUGUUUUCCGGCCGACCGGCGUGGGGAUGGACAUUGCGGCGCAAUUGAAGCGGGGGAUCUCCCGGCAGUUCUCGACGGGGUCGCUGCGGAAGAGCGGGAAGUUCAGCUUCGGGCGGCAGAACUCGCUGGACCCGAGGCGGAACAACUUCCGAUUUAGUUUCGGGAGGCAGUCGUCGCUGGACCCUAUCCGGAGGAAUCCGGUGCCGGACGACAUCGCCAACGAUGGGGUCGGCGUGCCGCAGAAUCUGGAUUCCACAAUGCAGCUGCUGUUCAUGGCGUGCAAGGGGGACGUGGACGGCGUGAGCGACUUGCUCGACGACGGCGUCGACGUCAACAGCAUUGAUCUCGACGGCAGGACGGCGUUACACGUGGCGUCCUGCGAGGGUCACGCCGACGUCGUCCAGCUUCUGCUCGCUCGAAAGGCCAACAUCGACGCCCAUGAUCGAUGGGGAAGCACUGCUGCCGCGGAUGCCAAAUACUAUGGAAACAUGGAUGUUUAUAAUCUUUUGAAGGCUCGCGGGGCGAAGCUUCCGAAAACAAGGAAAACCCCAAUGGCUGUCGCAAAUCCUCGUGAGGUUCCCGAGUACGAGCUCAAUCCGUUGGACAUUCAAAUUCGAAGAAGUGAUGGCAUAGCUAAGGGCUCAUAUCAAGUUGCGAAAUGGAAUGGCACGAAAGUGUCGGUGAAAAUACUUGAUAAGAACAGCCAUGCCGAUCCGGACUCCAUAAAUCUGUUCAGGCAUGAGUUAACCUUGUUAGAAAAGGUUCGACAUCCCAAUAUAGUUCAAUUCAUCGGCGCCGUCACCCAAAAUGUACCGAUGAUGAUCGUGCUCGAGUAUCAGUCAAAAGCCGAUCUAGGGACCUAUCUUCAGAAGAAAGGCCGGCUAUCUCCAUCUAAAGCAUUAAGAUUUGCCCUGGACAUUGCUCGGGGCAUGAAUUAUCUUCACGAAUGCAAGCCCGAGUCGAUUAUACAUUGCGACCUAAAGCCAAAAAAUAUUUUGCUGGAUUUCGGAGGGCAGCUGAAGGUAUCAGGGUUCGGUGUAAUUGAAUUUUCGACAAUUUCCCCGGAUAGAGCAAAAUUAGCUCAUACUAAUGCCGUAGACCGUACAAGUGUCUACUUGGCUCCUGAAAUUUAUCGGGAUGAAGUAUUCGACAGAAGUGCCGACGUACAUUCCUUUGGUGUCAUGCUGUAUGAGAUGGUGGAGGGGUCGCCACCGUUUUCGUCCAAGCCUCCCUAUGAAGCGGCAAAGUUAAUGUGUUUGGACGGGAAGAGACCACCGUUCAAGUCAAAAUCCAAAUCAUUUCCUCCUGAAGUGAAAGAGCUGAUCGAGGAAUGCUGGCAUCCCAACAGGGAUAUGAGGCCAACAUUUUCCGAGAUCAUUGUACGGUUGGAUAAAGUCGUGAUGAACUGUUCUAAACACGGAUGGUGGAAAGAGACAUUCAGACUCCCUUGGAAAUAAAAGAGAUAUCGCUACGAAUGAUAUGUUGAGUGUAAAGGACGGAUAAUUAUAGAGGCCGGGAGUUGCGGAUUGUUGGUGUCGUAGAAAUUGUUGAGAAGUGUAUUGACACGGAUGAUUCGAUCAAUAAUGCCAAGAAACACCAAGAAACACGAAGAGCCUUGACGGCAUUGUAUACUAUGCCCUAUCGAUCUAAAUAAUGUGGUGAUUGCAAAAAAAAAAAAACUUGGAGAUGUUCUUUGACAAUUUCAUGUUAUAAAUACGUCGUAAAUUGCGAGCGAGCAUUGUAUAUUUUGUCGAGAUUCUCUCCCCUCUCCUCUCCUUAUAGAAAUCGUAAUUUGGGUGCCUCUUUGAUUUCA